AUGGGGAUAGCAGAGGAGUUCCGCUUAGCUUUGCAGGAGGACAAUUUAGGCCAUUCCUCAGAACUGACUUUCACCUUGGAACCCAGUGAUGUUGUGGCAGUGGAGGCUCAUCCUCUGAAACUGCAUUGCCAAGUGGAAGGAAUGCAGCCCAUCAGCAAGUCAUGGAGGAAGAAUGGAGUCCUGUUGUCAGAUAGUGAACACAUCUCUCUGCUUGCCAAUGGAUCACUCUACAUCACAAAAUUUCAGAAGCUGAGGGACGACGGGUCCUCUGAUGAGGGUGAAUAUGACUGCACUGCCCAAAACCGCUUAGGGCUACUGGUCAGCCGGAAGGCAAAAGUGCAGGUUGCAACUCUGUCUCCGUUCCAUGUACAGCCCCAAUCGAUGGUUGUGGAGGAGGGCGGUGUUGCCAGGUUUCAGUGUCAGAUUCACGGCUUACCGGAACCACUGAUCAUGUGGCUGAAGAAUAGCAGGCCUCUUGAGCCAAGUGAUGACAGGUUCACCUUUCUGCCCACGGGGGUCCUUCAGAUCACACGAGUGGGAGAAGAAGACAGUGGAAUAUACCAGUGUGUGGCAGCUAACACUGCUGACACAAGACAUAGUGAAGAAGCCAGUCUUACUGUGUCAGGUUCACACUCAAAUGUUUAUAAGGAGCCAACAAUCCUGGUAGGUCCCGAGAACCUCACACUCACUGUGCACCAAACAGCCGUCCUGGAAUGUGUCGCAACCGGGAACCCUCGGCCGAUCGUUUCCUGGAGCCGUCUCGACGGCAGACCGAUUGGUGUGGAGGGAAUCCAAGUGCUGGGCACCGGAAACCUAAUGAUCUCUGACCUGUCCGUGCAGCAUUCUGGGGUGUAUGUGUGCGCAGCGAACAAACCAGGAACACGCGUGAGACGCACUGCGCAGGGAAGGCUGGUGGUCCAAGCUCCUGCGGAAUUUGUGCAGUACCCACAGUCCAUCUCGAGGCCAGUUGGAACCACUGCCAUUUUCAACUGUCUGGCUCAGGGAGAGCCGAUACCACAUCUUACCUGGCUGAAAAACGGGGAAAUCCUAGCACCCAGUGGUCACAUCAAACUGAAAAACAACAACAAUACUCUUACAAUAAAUGGGAUCUCUCCAGAGGAUGAAGCAAUCUACCAGUGCAUUGCUGAAAAUGAUGCUGGAUCAACCCAAGCCAGCGCACGGUUAACAGUGCUGUGGGCAGAGGGCCUUCCUGGGCCUCCUCGAGAAGUAAAAGCUGCAGCUCUGUCUGCGACGACCAUUCAUGUGUCAUGGAGCGAGCCCUCGGAGAAUACACGAGACAUUAUCGGCUAUGUGCUACACAUCAGGAAAACUGCAGAUCCAAUGGAGAUGGAGUACCAGGAGGCUGUUAGCAAAACCACCCUCCAGCAAGUGGUGACUGACCUGCAGCCAUCCACUGGCUACACUUUCUAUAUAAAGGCUUACACAUCACGAGGUGCUAGCAAACCAUCCGAGCCAGCUAUCAGCAGCACGCUGGGCGAAGUUCCAGCUGUACCAGCCCUUUUCAUUAAAGUCUUGAACAGUACAGCAAUCCAGGCUGCUUGGGAAUCUACCAUUAAGCUCGGGCAGCAUGAAGGGUUCAAGCUGUAUUAUCGUAGGAUUCAUGGGGCACACUUCACUGGGCCUGUUCUCCUUCCAAGCAACGUGACAUCGUACAACAUAACUCAGCUGGAUCCAACGAUUGCCUAUGAAGUGAAGCUCCUAGCGUUCAAUCGUCAUGGAGACGGAAAUUCCACGGUCCGCUUCGUGGCUCUGCGAGAUGCUACUGAAAGAUCUAUUCUGAACACUCCAUGUGACUGCCUGAAAGAGGAACACAGUAGCAAAACAUCGACAACUGGCAUCAUCAUUGGAACCCACAUCGGUGUCACCUGCAUUAUCUUCUGCGUUCUAUUCCUGGUUUUUGGAUAUCGUGGAAGGUUGCUAAUGUGUAAAAAUGUUGAGGACCGUCUGGCUACCCCUCAGACUCCAUCCAGGGCUCAAAGAAAUUCACAAGGACUGGUCCUGAAUGGUGGACCGCGGAGAGGUCGAGAAGAGUUCACGCCCAAUAGGAAGAUGGCUGACCUGAAUGAACUGGAAAGACUGUUUCCUGCACCAGUUCCUAAUGAUCAUCAACACAAGGGAAUUACGUCUAAUAAUAUCUCCCCCAUCUCUGAAGAACAGCCCAGUUUGAUCUGCCAGAACUCUGUGUUCCCACUGGACGAGUUUGUUGUGACUCAGGAACAGCACACUACCUUCCAAACCGUUGUACAGUGUUCUUUAGACCACCCUGAAUUAAAUGUUAAUCAGCUCAGCUUCACCGUAGUGAAAGACAGUAGUUCAGUUGCCACAGAGUGA